GGCUACAGAGCGCAAACAUGGGGGAAGCCGAAGCGGUCCCAGCCGAUGAAAAACAAGCGGAUUCAGGAAUUUGUGCUGCUGAUGAGUCAGUCGUGUGGAGUCAGGAGGUGGAAGUCUGUCUCUUUCAUGCUAUGCUAGGCCAUAAACCCGUCGGGGUCAACCGUCAUUUCCAUAUGAUUUGUAUUCGUGAUAAAUUUAGCCAAAACAUCGGCAGGCAGGUGUCUUCGAAAGUCAUCUGGGAUCACCUCGCGACGAUGUACGACAUGCAGGCACUGCACGAGUCUGAAAUACUGCCCUUCCCCAACUCCGAAAAGAGCUUUGUUCUGCCCGAGGACAUAAUACAGGAUGUCAAAGAAGGGAAAGUUGGAUCAGAGGAGGACCUAAAGGAAGAGAUCAAAGAAGACAGGUGCCUUCCUGCCACCCAUGAAGAAGGUCUGGGUCCCAGUAUGGCUGGCCGGGAGUUUGCAAGGUAUGGACAGAAGAAAAGCGUACUCGGUACAAUGCGGCUCAGUACCAGAGGCCUCAGUACACCGCCUCUGAGCAUCAAUUCCUCAGUGAAGAUGACCGAUCGCUUGGGCAGCGGGCGAGACAAAGAGAAGGAGCGCGAGAGGGAGAGGGGGGCCUCGGGUGAGCCAGGGAGCGGGCAGAAGGAGGCCGCAGGUGAGAAGAGGAAGAGGAACCGCACUACAGACAAGACGCCGAGCUCCGGCAACCCGUCCAGCCCUGGGGGAGCCAAGCGCCGCAGGACGUAAGCACAGCCAGCAGGGGGCGACCUGCGGACCAGCAGGCACACAGAGGAAGCGCCUGGUUGAGACUGAGAGAAAUGGCGUGCGCUAGGCUAAUCUGCGGCUGGGCUAAGGUUACAGCGAGGAGGUUCGAGAUGGUCCUGUGUUUGAGCUUAACGCAGAAGCUCCCAGUCAUGACAAAGCUCUUGUGCUUUGUGUAUAGAGCAUUUCAUGGAUGACUGAGCAGAAAUCUAGGAAAAAAAAGUGUUAGUAGUUGUUUAAGAAGAGCAAUGAAAACAUGGUGGUAAAUUUCUGUGUUAUUAGAAAUAUGUGGAGUUUUUUUUCCCCUUUCUCUGAAGUUUUAUGUAGCUUCAUUUUGCUCAGGUUGUUCGGGAGAGCUCAGUAAGACUUCACAAAUGUGAAAAUCAUUUGUCAUCUUAGGUGAAUUGCAAUAAAAUUCUGUGGGAUGUUGUUUGAUAAACAUACAAUAUGCUCAGUUAGGAAUGAGGUGUUUAGUACAUAAUACAUGUUCUGUCUUGAUUGUAGUACUUGUUUGUAAUACUUCUGAACUGGAGCUUGUAUGAUAUUCUGUCUUGACUUGCUCUCGGGUUUUUAUUGAUUGACUAGUGUUUGUAAUGUGAGGGACGCAACAAAAUUAGUUCCUGAAAUUGCAGAAAAUCAUGAUGUCCAUUUUUGUCCAUCAUGCAGUAUAGCCAGUGUGAAGAAUGUUGGGGGGGGGGGGGGGGGGUGUGUUGUUUUUCAUGUGUGACAGUUAAGUUUACUAAGUGGCAUGUAAUAAACCUGUUACUUACAUGUGCAGACCUAUGCGUUAGCUACCUUCACCUUUUUGUCAGUUAUAGAAAAUGAUUUUUCAUCUUUUAUUUUUUAACUCUAUUUAUUAAUUUACCACUUUUGCUUUGAAAGGCAUGAGCCUUUUAUUAAACUGUCUUCAACAUCA